AUGUCUAGAAGUCAGUUUGGACAGGGGCAGAAACCUCUAGACAUGUUUUUCUGGGUGAACGAGAUAAGCGGAGAAAUCACCUACCCCCUGCAGAAGGCAGAUGCACCUGCUGUUUCUCCUGGGAGCCCACAAGAGAAGCCCCUAUCUCGGCCCAGGAGCAUGCAGGGGGCUCCUUGCAGUCCCCAGGGCCCGCCUGCACAGAGGCCUGCCUCUGCACCUCCAUCUAAGGCUUCUCUGAAAGACUCAGGCUCAGGUAACCCCCGCCCAUCUGCACCGACCUGGGCCAGGCCAAAGCCGGAGGAGCGAGGAGCCCCCCACCGUUCUCAGCAAUCCCUGUCACUAUCUCAUCACCAGGAGUGA